AUGACCAUGGAAGGUCAAUCAAUUGAAUUAGAAGAAAUGCAUAUGGGUUUAUCAGAAGGCUCUGAUGAAGAUGUCUUUCAUGGGGAUGACAUUUAUGAGGAUGUCUUCCUUGAUUACGUUUAUCAAACUGAUGGAGUAACCCCCUUAAUUCAAAAUCCAGUCCAGGGUUCAGUUCAAAGAGAAAUAAUUCCUAGAAAGAUGAAAAGAAUUCGUUGGGAAACUAUUAUAUUCUACAUUAUUCUUGCUAUGUUAUGCGGUUGGAACCUUUACUAUGCUAUCACUGGUGUUAGAGAUAGAUAUACUAAGACGGUUUGUUUGUUUACUAUUUGUAUUUAUUUAGUUUUAACAGCAGCUUUACUUUUGAUAGUGCUUGGUACAUAUAAAUGCAAUCCAGCAGUGAACUCCGAUAUUAGAAGAAUCUUCAGUAUGUUGUUGGCAAUAGCUUCAUUCUGCAUCUUAAUGAUGUCUAUCUUUACUUUAGAGUCACUUUUACCAAUUGAUCGAUCAAGAGAUAAAGCAUAA